UUCUUCUGUUUCAUUAUUUGUUUUUCAUUAUUUGAGAAUCAAAACCUGACGAAGGAUUUAUUGUUGCUGUUUAUUCCACUGUCACUAUGUUGUAAUGUAAUGAAUUCAGCAUCUUCGACUAAAUUGGACAGAGAAAUCUUUUGAAAAGGAAACAUAAGACGAGUCUUAGCCAGUUCGACAGCUGCUGCUGUUUCUGAUCUUUUUGUGUUUUUUUUGUGAAGUAUGCUGUUGUAUUUUUGUCUGGUUUUUGGAUGCAUAUGCUGGACCCAACAUUGACUAUUAUUACACAGAUUAUUAGCGUCGGGAGACUCUGCUUAUUGCUAUCCUGCCAUUGUCUGCACUCCGGUUCACAGUUAGCAUGUUAACUGUGACCAUGUCGGUGAUGCGACCUCGAUGGUGUUCCUCCUGUGCUGAGCUGAAGUCGCCUUGGAGCUGAGUCUGAGUGAGGAGGGGAUUACAACAUGGACUGUUUGUCAAUGUGGGGUCUCUUCCCAACAAUGUCAGUGACGAUAGCUAGAUGGACGACGGAUCAGUAAGAGAGUGAGGCACAGUGCAGCAGCGGCAGAGAGAGUAAUUCCAUAGUUCCUACCUGCUCACUGCUAUCACAGUCGUGGACUUUGACUGGACUCACUGUCCAUUAUUAGGCAUUUGUUUUAUUAGGCAUUUGUUUAAGGAUAUUUUAAGGAUAUUGCAUUAUUGCGUGUUGCAUAUGAUGUUCAUUUUUCGGUUUCAACAGUGUUUUCUUGGUUUCUAUAGUGUUAAGCUGUUGUUGUUUCGUCUAUUUGUUUAAUAUUUAUUAUUAUUAAAUAUUUCUAGUUUUGUUUGUCUUUCAUGUUUGUAUGCUGCUGUAACAACCAUUGCGGGACGAAUAAAAGCAAUCUAAUCUAAAUAAUCUUGCUUUUUCACUCCAAGAUUAUUUACAUGAAACUGAAUCUGUGUUCAAUUCUGACUUCUUCUUAAAUACUGUGGUUGGUGAUUCGAGUGCACUGCUGUCCAAGCUUCCCAGUCUGAUCCUGAUGUUGGGGAAUUCCACUGGAGUGAAAGCUCUUGUGAAAUGUUCGAUAGAUAGUGGAAUGAGUUUGUUGUUUGUCUCUGAUGUCCAAAUACAUUUUGUCACCACAGCAUCACUUCAUCAGGUUUGCUGCCUGACAUUACUCACUAUUCACACAAGUUUCUUUUUUUCUGGUGUUUUUGUUGACUUUUUCUCUUGUGCUCUCAUGGUGUGCUAUUAACUUCUUUAGCCUUGAGUCGCUCAUCUUCACUGCACAUUAAACGUGCUGGAACUCACUUUUUGUUUUUGAUGACAGGAUUACAAUAAAGCUGAUUCUGAUUCCGAGUUAAGUGUUGAAAUAGCAUGUUAUUGCACUUUUAAAAGAUUGCGUUUAUUAUCUAAGAAAUCAUGAUUCACUAAUAUCUUCAGUGAGAUAAUAGAAAUAGCAGCGUUUUAGUGUCAUGUGUUUUAUUUUCUCACAGGACAGAAUGGAUAUGCUGGAGCAGGAUGGGAAAUCAAAGCACAUUGUUCAAAAGCGUUUUUUGCAACAGGUUCCACACACACCAGGAUCACCACAGCAGCCGCAGCAGAAGCGACACUUGGUGCGGCGUUUCUGCCUGCUGUGCGGCAUCUGUGAAGACAGGAGUAACACACAUGAGACUCUCCAUCAUCAUCUCCUGUUCUUCUUCCACCUUUGUGGGGAAAUAAAUGUGAAUAAAACUCUCCAUUCAUCCUGAUGACAAACCUCGUCUUACAUCACUGAGUGGAAGAGCAGAACUCUGCUACUUCCUUCAGAGGUGGCCACACCGGAUCAUCUUCCCCCAUCUCACCCUGUCCUAUGCUUCCUGUUCUCUCAAACCUGCAAACCUCAUGUCCCCCUUCACCACCUCCAUAAAUCUCCUCUCCACCUUCUGCCUGGCAGUUCCAACCUCAACAUCUUCCUACCAAGGUACUGGCUCUCUCUCCUCUGCAUAUGUCCAAACCAUCUCAGUCUGACUUUGUCUCCUAAACACCUGACAUGUGCUGUCCCUCUGAUAUACUGCUUCCUGAUCCUAUCCAUCCUGCUCACUCCCAGAGAGAACCUCAGCAUCUUCAUCUCUGCUACCUCCAGCUCUGCCUCCUGUCUUUUCCUCAGUGCCACUGUUUCCAAACCAUACAACAUUGCUGGCCUCACCAACCUUUUGUACACUUUCCCUUUCAUCCUUGCAGACACCCUUUUGUCACACAUCACACCUGUCACUUUUCUCCAAUUAUUCCAUCCUGCCUGCACCCACUUCUUCACCUCUUUCUCACACUCUCUAUUGCCCUGGACAGUUGAGCCUAAGUACUUAAAAUCCUCCACUUUCUUUAUCUCUGCAUCCUGUAACUUCACCUGUCCACUUGGGUCCCUCUCUUUCACACACAUGUAUUCCGUCUUACUGCAGCUAACCUUCAUUCCUCUCCUUUCUAAGGCAAACCACCACCUCUCUUGCUUAUCUUCCACUUGCCCCAUGCUCUCACCACAGAUCACAAUGUCAUCUGCAAACAUCAUCGUCCAAGGGGCUUCUUGUCUAAGCUCAUCUGUCAACCUGUCCAUCACCAUGGCAAACAACAAGGAGCUGAGAGCUGAGCCUUGGUGCAGUCCCACCUUGAACUCCUCUGUGACACCUGCAGCACACCUCACCACUGUCUCACACCUGGUGUACAUGUCCUGCACCGCUCGAACUUCUCUGCCACUCCAGACUUCCUCAUACAAUACCACUACUCUUCUCUUGGCACUCUGUCGUAUGCUUUCUCCAGAUCCACAAAGACACAAUGGAGCUCCUUCUGUCCAUGAACAUCCUCAAAUGCAAAUUAUAUUUAUACCUAAAUUUACAGACUAGGAAGAUGAAAGGACCUAUUGCCACUGGCAUUGGUUUUGGGGGGUUGCAGAGGAGGGUACUUUGGGAAUAUUUUUAUAAACCUUUAUCUUAAACUUUUAUGUAAAACAGCACCACAGAAACACAUUUUGGUUACAUUAUACGUGAAAAUCCUCCAUAUUUGAAUGACAGAAAUACAACCACGGUAGGGUCAGAUUUAUUUCCAACUCGACGAAACUUUGUUCGAGUUUAGUAAAAUAUAGAACGUAAAUCAAAUAUAUUGUUCUUUGAUGUCUUCAUCAGAGCACCCCUCGGCUACCACCUUCAGAUGACGAUUAUGGAGUAAAACUUCAUGCAGGAUAUUUUGUCAUACUCACACUCAAAAUGGAGUAAAAGUCUCCUGUCAUAAAACCUUUAUAUUAACCAAAAGUGGAUAAGUAGCAUGUUAUUGGACAUUAGGUUUCAUGAACUUGAUUUCACAGAAAAUCAUGAUUCACUCAUUUCUUCAGUGAGAUAAGAAAAAAAUACUAGCUGUGUUUUCAUUGUCAUUUCUUUUAUUCUGUCAUUGGAGAGUAAGGAUCGGCUGGAACAGGAUGGGAAAUCUAAUCACUUGCUUAAACGUCUUCAAAAGCGUUUUUUGCAACAGGUUCCACACACACCAGGAUCACCACAGCAGCCGCAGCAGAAGCGACACUUGAUGCGGCGUUUCUGCCUGCUGUGCGCCAUCUGUGAGGACAUGAGUAACACACAUGAGUAUUGUAUUUUCACUUCAAAAUUAUUAUUAUUAUUGAUGAACAAACCUCCCAGGGGUUCAGGGACAUUUGCUCACGUUCUGCUGCAGGACUUUCCAUCAUCAUCUCCUGUUCUUCUUCCACCUUUGAGGGAAACUAAAUGUGAAUAAAACAGUCCAUUCAUCCAGAUGACAAACCUCAUCUUACCUCACUGAGUGGAAGAGCAGAACUCUGGUGAACACACACAACAACCACCAUCACGGCCACCACAACUGCUACACUGAAGGGCUUCAUCUUCCAGUGGUUGAAGGUUUGAUCCCAGCUCUGGAUGAUUCUGUCUGAUGCCUGCAUGCAGAGAAUCUGCUGGUAUUUAUCCUCAGUGAGAUUCAGUUGCUUCAUCAGCAGCAGGAGCAGUUUCUCAGUGUUCUCCUGAUGUUGGGGAAUUCCAGCUGUGUUACCAUCACUUCUUAUGACAGUGUGACAGUAAAACUUGCACUUGUUGUGUAACAUGAAGAUUUUUAGUAUUGCGUUAUCUGGCUAUCACUGCAGCCAUCUUUGUUAGUUUGAUGGCUGCUUCUCUGACAAAAUACAUUUGGUAUUCAAGCACAUAAUGCAGGUUUACUAAGUUCACCAAUCACAGUUUAUUGGUUUAAAUUAUUUUCUUCAGGAUGUUUGUCAUUCAGCAUUUCAGUUAUUCUUAAUAAAUUAAGUCAUCACUUCUUCAUCCACUCAUGACGGUAUUUUUUUUUCUCACAGUUAUGAACUGAUCAGCCCUCGGGCAGUCAGAGGUAGGGCACGUGAAACAAACAGAGGAAAGUGGUGUUCAGACUCUGCGGGUAUAAAACUAAACAAGGCUCAAGACGUCAGAUGCAAGGCUCACUGGAACACUCCAUCAGGCAAACAUGAAGAACAUCUUCUUCGUUCUUGUUGCAGUCGCCAUUGUCCUCACCUUCAUCUGCCUCCAGCAGAGCUCUGCUGUUCCACUCACGGUGGAGGAUGAAUCUGGGACGCAGAUGAAGAACGAGAGGCUUCAAGCAUGCGAUCGUGAGAGGAGGUCCCUGGACCACUGGGAGAGCGGGAUCAGCUGUCGCUUCUGCUGCGGCUGUUGCGGUCGUGUGGGAUGUGGAAUUUGCUGCAAGUUCUGAGGAGUCAACAACAACCUGCCCGUCUUCAUGAGCGAGCAUGAUUAAGACCCAGUCUGUCUUUCGUAAUAGCUUCCUCCACUUUCAGAAGUCUAAUCAAUACAUGACAUUUUGAUGCGGUGCCGUAAUUUCUGGACUAUAAGCCUCAACUUUUUUCUCGCAGCACGAACCCUGCAGCUACAAUGUGAUGUGGCCAACAUUUGGAUAUUUACAGGGUAAAGAGCAUCAGGCUACCUAAAUAUUUAGCCUCAUCACAUCAAACCAAUGAAAUCACAGGUGUUUUAUUCACCUCAAAAUACGCAGUUUUCGCCAAUGUGCCCGCAGCUCCGCCAACAGUGCCAAUCUCCAGGAAGACUGGACACAAGAAUCAUGAGCUGAGACAAGCUGUGGUGUCGGAACUUCGGACAAGCGGGCGAAAACAGUGCAUUUGGAGCGCUUUAAUGUAAAUAAAAGUUGUGAGGAUUUUAGGAUUCAAGGUGAGAGCAUUGCUGGACCCUGUUUUCAAAACUGGUUUAGAAGUGAUCCUCAUGAAUUUUUAAGACGCUCGCACAUCUGACCUUUUUAUGGCGCACCACCUGCAGAUGACGAUUGUGGUGUAAAACUUCAUGCAGGGUAUUUUAGGAUACUCUUUCACAUAUUAUUAACAGCAUUAAAUAAACUUCUAAAUGAAGUAAAAAUGUAGUCAUAACACGUUUUAUUUUAAUCAAAAGUGCAUGCUAUUGGACAUUUAAAAGAUUGAAUUGCAUGGCCUUCAUGAUCUCCAAAAAGGGAAGUUAUAGAAAACACACCAGCUGUCAUUUCAAUGUCAUUUGUUUUAUUUUCUCAUUGGAGAUUUGGAUCGGGUGGAACACUUGCUGAAAUGUCUUCAAAAGCGUUUUUUGCAACAGGUUCCACACACACCAGGAUCACCACAGCAGCCGCAGCAGAAGCGGCACUUGGUGCGGCGUUUCUGCCUGCUGUGGGGCAUCUGUGAAGACAGGAGUAACACACAUGAGCAUUCUAUCUUUACUUCAAAAUUGUUGUUAUUGAUGAACAAACCUCCCAGGGGUUCAGGGCCAUUUCCUCAUGUUCAUUUGCAGGACUCUCCAUCAUCAUCUCCUGUUGUUCUUCCACCUUUGAGGGAAAAUAAAUGUGAAUAAAACUCUCCAUUCAUCCUGAUGACAAACAACAAUCUUACGUCACUGAGUGGAAGAGCAGAGCUCUGGUGAACACACACAACAACCACCAUCACGGCCACCACAACUGCUACACUGAAGGGCUUCAUCUUCAAGUGAUUGAAGGUUUGAUUCCAGCUCUGGAUGAUUCUGUCUGAUGCCUGGAUGCAGAGAAUCUGCUGGUAUUUAUCCUCAGUGAGAUUCAGUUGCUUCAUCAGCAGCAGGAGCAGUUUCCCAGUGUUCACCUGGUGUUGGGGAAUUCCAGAUGUGUCAUUAUCACUUGUUAGAACAGUGUUAGAACAGAAAUUUCACCUGUUUUCAUGAAACAUGAGGAUUUUUUGGUCUUAUCGGAUCUUGGGAGCAAUAUUUGUUUGUUGUGAUUUACCCUCAGAUACAAUAUGUUUGAUAUUCAUGUGAAAGUUCACAGAUGAGUGUCUUUUAUUGAUUUGCUUUCUAUUCUAGAAUAAAGCCCAGUAUAAUCCAGCAUUUUGUUAUCAAUCCAUGAAUAAAUGAAGCUUCUCAUUUAAUCUGUGAUAGCUCAUACAGUUGCCUUAUUUUGU